AUCCCUCUAUUUAGAAUUAGAAAAAGGAUGGAACUACCAGUAUUUUUUUUUCCUUUUUGGUAAAUGACCCACAGCCUCAAGAGUAGCAAAGCUUUUAACAUAUUUCUUAUCUAAAACCGGUUAAACAAACAACACCCAGUUUUCUACUUGUAAAAGGCAGAAAUAAUCUCUUUUAGAAAGAGGGUAAGAGAGGGAGAUGAGUGGAAAUAAUGGAGGAGGGCCUUGUGGUGCCUGCAAAUUCCUUAGGCGAAAGUGCGUAAAAGGGUGCAUAUUUGCACCCUAUUUUGACUCCGACCAAGGGAUGGCUCACUUCGCUGCGGUCCACAAGGUUUACGGUGCCAGCAAUGCUUCCAAGAUGCUGCAGCGGAUACCUGUACACAAGCGCCUCGAUGCCGUCGUUACCCUCUGUUAUGAGGCUUUGGCUAGGGUUCGAGACCCUGUUUAUGGCUGCGUCGGCCACCUCUUCACCCUGCAACAACAGGUAGUGAAUUUACAGGCAGAAUUAGCCUACACCCAGGCCCGUCUUUCUACGUUGCAGCGUCAUCCUCCAUCCUCAUCGUUAAUAGGAUCCGAUUUGAUGUCUUCUUCUAACAUGUCCACACACUUUGAUCCGCCACAACAGACUUCAGUUGGGCUUUCAAGUUUCCCAAAUUCAUUUGACCAAGUUGCAGAGAACGAGCAGCUUCAAGUUUUAACCAGGGAAUUCGUCUCCAGAUAUCUCCCAGGUGUCCGAUUCCACCCUUCUACUUCCACUUAAAAACUUCUGAUUUAUCUGUUGUAAACUCCCAUAACCCUUAGUGGGCUUUGUCCUGCUUAACUACUCCUGAUUCUGGAAGGAAACUAAUGAAAUCGAACUCCUUUUUUUUUUCUUUUCUUUUCUUCUUCUUUCUACAGCAGUAUAUAUAAGUCCUUCCAAAAAUGGAAGGCAUUCAUGAUAUUAAUCCAGUCAGUGCUCAAUUUAGUUAUAAAUACAAUCCAAAAGGAGAUAUAUAUAUGAGUGCGUGUAUGUGAUGUGGGGAAAAAGUUAAAAAGGAGAAAGAUGAUGACAUCAAUUCCUCAUGAAAUUGACUGCAAAGCUAAAAUAGAUUCUAGA